AUGCAGAAUGAAUAUGAAGGGAGCAAUGCCGUCUUUAUAGACAAAGCUCGGGUGCAAGAGGGGCUCAUAUUGGCAAAAUCUGGACAGCAGCAACUUCCACAAAUCCCAGAACGCAAGACGCUUUACUACUUCACGGUGUCACAUAAUAAUCACUGCAGCGUCUGCGAAAUCCUCAUUACACCAAUCAAGCACACUCAGUACCCAAAUUUCUUCUUCUUUCCAGUCCGAAGCGAUGAGGUCAAGCUACCCCAAAAUGCAUCCACCAUAGGCAUCUGUCGUGAUCACUCAAAGCUUGGUCUGGAGUAUCUACUACAAACUGCUACUCCGACGUCCUCUGGCGCGGCAAAGGACGUAGCGUUCCGCACGACAUCUGAGUCUGAGUCUCCGUGUCGGUGUACUGAUGCGGCCGAUGAAGCAAAUAGUAGUGACACAAACGGCACAAAACCCCGCCCAAGAAAAAGACGAAAGGAUGGAAAGACGGCGGCUGAUACGAUUUCAAAGAAGCUCUUGAAGGCUGCUGAAGUAAAAACGCCGGGAAGCUUCAACAAUGUCUCCGAAACCCAUUCCUUGUCAAAUGUCGAACAACUCGACGCACUCCCUGUUUUGACAACUUAUGACGAGCGGUUUGAGUUUGCAGAACACCUGCGGAAGCUAUACAGCAAAACACAAGAUAGAGCUGGUCAAAUUAUCUGGGCAAACAAGCGGUACUCUUUCGACAUGCGAUUCCUCCUCCGUCGUGAAAGGAAGAUCGACGGCGAAAAUGAAGCCGACCGAUCUGCCAGAUCUUCAAUGCUUAUCAAUCGUAUCGCCAGUAAACUAACCGACAAUAAUCCCAAAUGCUAUUGUGGAGCACAAGUGUACGAUUUAUUCGCCAGUACGAAGAUCUCCUUGAAUAGAAUACUUAUUUCUAUGGCUAUUAACACAUUCUCCCAGAAGCAGGUCAUUUGCUAA